GUUAGACACUCCCGUUGUCAAUGGUCAAAACAUCACGUCAGCUGUCAUCCGUCAAACUUCUCUCAUUCUUUUUCUCUGUUUUGAGAAGCGACCAAAAGUAAGAAAAAAUGGGUCGUGUUAUAAGGGCCCAGAGAAAGGGUGCCGGAUCCGUCUUCAAAUCCCACACCAAAAAAAGGAAAGGAGCGCCUAAAUUGCGUUAUCUCGACUUUUCCGAGCGACAUGGUUACAUCAAGGGAGUCGUGAAGGAUAUUGUCCACGAUCCAGGUAGAGGAGCCCCAUUGGCAUUCGUACAUUUUAGGGACCCCUACAAGUUCAAGACCCGUAAGGAACUGUUCAUUGCUCCCGAGGGAAUGUACACUGGACAAUUUGUUUACUGUGGAAAGAAGGCUAAUUUGCAAAUUGGUAAUGUACUCCCAGUUGGAACCAUGCCAGAAGGUACCAUUGUGUGCAACCUGGAAGAAAAAACCGGUGACAGAGGUCGGCUGGCCCGCGCAUCUGGCAACUACGCCACCGUAAUCGCCCACAACCACGACACGAAAAAGACCAGGGUCAAGUUGCCGUCGGGCGCUAAAAAAGUCAUUCCCUCAAAUAACAGAGCCAUGGUCGGCAUCGUUGCCGGCGGUGGUAGGAUUGACAAACCCAUCCUGAAAGCCGGUCGUGCUUACCACAAGUACAAGGUGAAGAGGAACUGCUGGCCGAAGGUACGUGGUGUUGCCAUGAACCCCGUUGAGCAUCCUCACGGUGGUGGUAACCAUCAACACAUUGGUAAAGCUUCGACUGUUAAGAGGGGAACCUCGGCCGGUCGUAAAGUUGGUCUUAUUGCUGCCAGGAGGACUGGUCGUAUUCGUGGUGGAAAGGUCGACAGCAAGAAGGACGAUUAGACGUAUUGAUUUAAUAAUAUGAUUUUUAAGUUA